GUGUGGUUCCAAAACCGCCGUGCAAAGUGGAAGAAACGCAAAAAGACCGGUAAUAACAAUUGCAUUGGGACUACAAGUGGUAACUGUGGAGGAAAUUCUAGCAUUAAUUCAGCAUUCAAGACACCUUCACUGGCGAUGAAUAAUCUACCACGGGGAUUGGAGCCAACGCAGAGCAUCUUUGGAAAAGUGGCCUGUAAUCAACCAUCAACACCUCCAAGUUUGUCACUGCUUCACGCAGCUUGUAGUCGAGCUGCAGUCCAACUCUCCCCAGAUCUAGGUGUCUACAAUAACCCUCCUCUACACACAUCACAUCGGAUGUCACCCUAUUCAUCCUCCGCUUCCCUAAACAGUGGAGGUGCAGUUUCGUGUCAGGCUAGUGCUUAUCCAGGUAUCUACUUUGGUGGUUACUGCAUGGAAGAUCUCGCACAGUCAUCAAUGUUAAAACAUUCCAUGCUGCACGGUAAUCAGCAAUCUGGAGCCGGAUACGCAGGCAUCAGACACUCUCCCUCCUCACCUCUCACUCAAGAUCCUCUUCACUCAGGAUGGCCUUCUGGAGUCUAUCAAGGCCACCGACCAACAUCUGUUCCAGUAUCAGGUGUAUUCCAACCACCACCCAUCCCAGAUUCCUUCAUGACCGACACUCUCAUGAAUCAAUACGGUGAGCUCUUACGUUCUGGACGUAUUCCGUCCGUAGACGAGCCAUCAGCAACGACUCAACCUCCACACCAACACCCAAUGCACUUUCAGGAGUAUGAAACAUUGAGUACCAUAGAGGCCACCAUGCAAGGUUGCUAUCAGGGUCGGUUGGCUCAGCGAAGGCUGAGUGACUUUGAGUUCUGCGAACGUGGACGUCAGACAUGGGACGGCACAGAGAGAAAUGAUGACGAUGGAGGUUUCCCAUAUAACUCUGCAAACGAAUCAACAGACAAUGUUACCAAUACGGCCAAUCCAUCUACCACAGGUGAUAGCAGAGAUCAAGAGUAUUGUCAAGCACUAAACGAUAAAUCCAUUAAUCAUUUACCAAUGUCAGAUUCAUAUUUUCCCCAGCACGGAAUGAUGCAUUCAGGAAAUAAUAACAACUUGCCUGAAGUCUCCAAUAAAAGCUACCUCAUUGAUGUUGACGCAACGAGUGAUACUUCCGGCAGUCGCAUUCACCACACCCUCUCCCCAUUACCCAAGAAAACACUAAUUAGUCGACCAAAUGGACUACAGACAUAA